AUGAGGCCAAGAAAUCACAAUGAUACAGACAUGGAACAGGUAACAGAAUUCAUUUUAAUUGGCUUCCAGUUGUCUAGGUCUUUGGAAAUCUUUGUUUUUGCUGUGCUCUUAGUAAUUUUUCUAUUAACACUUGCUGGGAAUUUCACCAUCAUCCUGCUGGUAGGCUUCAAUCAAUGCUUCCACACCCCAAUGUAUUUCUUCCUUUGCAACCUUUCCCUCUUGGAGGUCCUUUUUGUCUUGUCUAUCACACCCAAAAUGUUGAUGAACCUUAUAUCCAGGAACAAAGCCAUCUCUUUCCAAGCCUGUGCUGCCCAGUGCUAUUUUUAUUUCUUCCUUGGAACCACUGAAUUCAUCCUCAUCGCUGUGAUGUCCUUUGACCGCUACGUUGCCAUCUGCCAUCCACUUCGCUAUACCAUCAUUAUGAAUGGUUGUCUUUGCAUUUGUUUGGUCCUAUUCUGUUGGAUUGGAGGGCUCCUUUCUACCAUUGUCUCCUUCUGUUUGAUCUUCCAAUUAUCAUUCUGUGACUCAAAUCUCAUAGACCACUUUUUCUGUGACUAUGGUCCAAUGAUAACCCUUUCUUGCAACGAUGUCCACUUCCUUUUGAGUCUAGCCUCCAUCCUAUCCUCCGUGGUACUCCUCAGCUCUUUGUCAGUCACUGCUAUCUCUUACCUUUACAUCAUUGUCACCAUCUUGUGUAUGAAUCCUACCAAAGGUCAGAAGAAGGCCUAUUCCACCUGUGCGUCACACAUUAUGGCGGCUUCCAUCUUCUAUGGGAGUGCCAUCUUUAUGUACUCAUUAUCUAACGAGGGACGCUCUCGGGAUGUCCAGAAAGCAGUGGCAAUUCUAACUGCUGUGGUCACUCCAUUACUGAACCCUUUUAUUUAUACCUUGAGGAAUGAGAAGGUCAAGGAGACCAUAAAGGAUUUUCUAAAGAGAAGAAAAAUUCCUUAA